CAACAGCCUCUUUAUCAAACCUGACAUAAACGUCACAGACGAGCUCCACAUCGGCCCUCAGCAGCCGGCGGUCUACCAGAUGCCUGUCAGCAGUAGCGACCUUACCACAAUGACCUUCUCCCAGAGUCAAUCGAUGAACGGAAUCGGUGCAUCUGGCAGGACCAUGCUCAACCUGAACACAGUGGCCUUGACGAUGCAAUCUGGCGAAUUUGGCAUGCCCGAGCCAUUCUACACUUCACCCCAGCCACACAGUUUGCCUCCGUCGCCCCCCAACUCCCAGCCCAGCAGUCCCGAGAACCAGGCAGAGCUCAUUACCUCUGUUCCCCCUCCCCCACCAUACCAGGCUAGAAUUGGAAUGAAGGUUGGACAGAUGACCCCUCACUCCAUGCUAAUGGCCCACGGUCAGGGCAUCCUCACGGGACCCAGAUACAACCGACGGAACAACCCUGAGCUGGAGAAGAGAAGGAUUCAUCAUUGUAUCUUCCCAGGAUGCACCAAAGUUUACACAAAGAGCUCUCACUUGAAAGCACACCAAAGGACUCACACUGGUAAGAAAUCAAAUCAAACUCUAACAUAGACACCCUAAAAUAAAAAUGAUAUAAUUAUUUAUUCACCCUAAUGUAAUUUCAACUCUAUAUGAUUUUCU